AUGUCUUUGAAUCUAGUGUUCGAGGUUAGGUAUGGCGGUAGAUUCAACAGAAGUUGUGGUUGCAAUUACGUGGGGGGAGAAGUUGCUGUUCAUGGUGAAGGGUAUGAUCCUAACAACUUGUCUUUUUUUGAGCUUGAAGAUAUUUGUAAAGACUACGGGUACAAGCCAGGGGAUCUAAUAUACUUCAGAGAACCUGAUAAGACGUUAAUGGGGGGUUUGCAUUUAAUCAGCUCUGAUGCCGACGUAUUGUUCAUGGUUGGCUGCCAUAAAGGGCAAUAUAUUGUGCAUUUGUAUGCCGUGUGUUUUGGGGAGGGUCAGGGUGAUGUUCAGGAUUACGAAGGAGAAAAUGACGAUGAAGAGGAGGGAAGGGUUGAUUACAAUGACCCUUGGUGGAAAGGCAAACUCAGUGAUGAUGAAGAUUUAUUUAAUGUAGAUCUUGACGAAGGCGAUACUGGAACUGGAGCAACCAGAGCAGGAACUAGUGAAGCUGGAACCGUUGGUGAUGGUGAUGGUGGUUAUGACAAUGAGGGUGAGGAGGAAGAAACAGGUGAUGAAGAAGAUGGGAACCAUGGUGAGGCCCGCAGAACUGAUGCUUCUAUUAGGUCCGAAAGUGGGCGUAAGAAAAAUAAAAAAUUUGAAGAAGUAGAUGAUGAUGACACAAACUCUGAAUUGGCUAGAAGUGACAUAUUGGAGUCACCACCCCAUAGUGAUGAGGAAGCUGAAGGGACAUCUACAAAAACACCCGAAUUUCAGCGAAUGGACCUAGUUAACCCAGUGCUGCAUCUCUACAUAACUUUCCCAGACAUACAAACAUUUAGAGAAGCUGUUAAAGAGUACAAUCUUUUGAGGGGCAAGAAAAUUAGGUUCAAAAAGAAUGAAAGAAGAAAGUCUAUUGUUGUGUGUAGGGAUGACAAGUGUCGGUACCGAGUAUAUGCAAGGCAGGUUUCUGAUGAACAAACAUUUCAGAUAAGAUCUAUGCAGCCUAAACAUGUGUGUGGUAGGCAAUACAAGAACUCCAUUGUGAACUCAACUUGGAUAUCGAACAAGUUGAUUGAGAAGUUCCGAAUUCAGCCGAAUAUGCCCUUGAAUGUCAUACAACAUGAAGUGAAGGAAAAGUGGAAAGUGGAUGUGAGUCCAAGUAUGAUGUACAGGGCUAGGGCUAAGGCAUGUCAAAAAAUAUACGGGAAGCUUGAAGAUCAAUAUGGUCACCUGUGGGAUUAUUGCGAGACAUUGAGACAAACGAAUAGGGGAAGUUGUAUGAUGAUAAAGGUUGACAGGCCAAACCCAAAUGUGCUUCCAAAGUUUGGAAGAUUGUAUUUUUCUCUUGCUGCAAUGAAGAAGGGGUUUCUGGAUGGUUGUAGGCCUGUCAUAGGGGUGGAUGGAUGCUUCCUAAAAGGGCCAUUCAAGGGACAAUUGUUGGCUGCAGUUGGAAGGGAUGGGAAUAAUAACAUGUACCUAAUCGCAUUUGCUGUUGUCGAAGCUGAGACCAAGGACUCUUGGACAUGA